AGCAGAAAAGAGAUGAAAGAAAAAGCUUCUUGUGGAGUGAAGAGAAAGCGCAGACUGAAUUAUGGCUUUCUGAGUCUUAGUGAUGGUCACUCUGUGCCCUGGGAGCACUGCAGAAGGGACAAAUGGCCCUCGCUUGGAUUGAAUUGCAGGGGAACGUCAGAUGAAAAGCGCCGUGUCAGCACUACAUGAUGCAAGACCAACAGUGAACUUCCAGCGCAUUUGCCUCUGUGAAGCCAGCUGGCAGACAGUGUGACGUGGUAUGUCUGCAUACCUCCUCCAGGCGCUGAAGAAGAGGUAUGCAUCUCUGUGGAAAGGAUGCCUGACGCUUUACACAGGACGAGGAGGCGAGCUGCAUAAAAUUGGAGAGUUCUGCAUGGUAUACUCAGAAGUGCCAAACUUCAGUGAGCCCAACUCAGAACACCUUGGGCAGAACAAGCUGGCACAGGGUGAACAGAAUAAUAGUUCUGCAUCGAGUAAUAUGGGUUCUUGUACUUUCGGGCCACUGGGAAAUGGUUUGCAAACUGGACCCGAAUCAAGUGGAUUCCCAUUUGCGUAUAAUCAUGGCCACUCUUAUGCAGGUAGUGGGAGAGGCAAUGGACGAGGACCUGUAAAUUCAUCAACAGCUAAUAGCGUUCAGCCUCCUCUCCCUGCUGUCAGUAAUGGGAGGGACCCACGCAGAGCCUUUAAAAGAUGACUAUGCCAAACGUUCUACAGCUUGCUUAACUUUACACUCUACUUGAACACUUAUUGCACUUUUAUUUAUGGUGAACUGUGAACCGGUUUGUCCUUUAUUAUUGUUUUUUUACCUUUUGGUCUAUGGAGCAAACUUGAUGUGAUCUCUUGUUUUGUUUAGGGAAGCACAGUGAUCCCUCCCCAUAAGUUAAGGGGGCAGAGGGAGAAAGUGGAUAAUGUCAAGAAAGGGUAACAGCUUGAAGAGUCUCAAUUAAAACUCAAUACCCUUUGGUGAAGGGAAGAAAACUUUGAUUACAUGUAUCUUUUUUUCCCCCCCUCUUUCUGUUGGUCAGCCAUGUAGCCUUAAAAGGUCUAAAUGUCCUUUGUGCACAUGACUUCCAUUAGAGUUAAUGGGAGUUGAUUGUGUUAGAAGAGAAAUGAGAGAGAGGGCAAAGGUGUCUUUAUGAACUAGGUGUCCUUGAAAUGAAAAUAACUUGUAAAAGCAAUAAGCAUGAGGAAAGGACCAAUGCCAGCACCUAGUGGUGUCUCCUAUAUCAGUGAAUGGGCAACUCAGAUGAAAGCUGAAGUUAUGGUGAGUGUCUUGUAGCUUGAAUUUUGAUUCCAAAAUGGUGUAUGCUAUUUCUUAGACUAGAACACUUAAAGAAAUAUUCUCCAUAAUACACCAUCUCAUCGUCAAGGAAAGCCACAUUGAUUUCUUUUUUUUGCUUUGGGUAGAGGCUUGGAUAUUCAUUCUUGCUUUGCACGAAGUAAUAGAAGAGGAUUUAAAUUGAAAAGGACACUGGACAAUAAGCCGUUAGUUGCUAGUUCGGGUGUAAAAGUCCAAAGUUACUUUACAGGACUUUGAAUCUCCAGGAAAGAAUGAGUUUCAAGAACUGUUUUGGAACACUAUGUUUUGCAUCUUGUUGAGGUUGCCUACUUCUUCCUUUAUUCACUUUUCCAAAUCAGUUAUGUGUUGGAUCAAGCUGUAUGUAUUGAUUGCAAAGGCACUGGCUGAGCACAUGGCUGCACUUUUGAUGCUGUUAAGCUGCUAAGCUUUCCUUCCUCUCUUUUAUGAAGUAUGAAUUAUCCCCUAAAGAACUUAUAAAACACCAUCUCCCCUGAGCGGAAUAGCUGCAGUUUUAUUUUUGAGAUCACAAAUGCCUUGAUUCUCAUUAAGACUGCAGUGUCACGCUUCAGAUCGGGCUCAAGAACAGUUUAGGAGCUUUGAGGAGAUGUACUGGAUUCAUCUGUUUAACUCUUCUUAAAGCUGACCUCUCCAAUAAAAGUUGCACUAAAUCCAUCUUGGAAACAAAUCUAACUUUCUUUCUGUCAAGCCAUAAAGAUUUCAUGGCAAAAGGCUGCUUCUGAAAUGCAAGUUGUCUCUGUAGUCAGUCAUGUUAAUUGGAUCUACUCCUAAGUUACUGAUGUUUGCAAGUUAUUUUACAUUUGGUAUUUCUGCUUUUGGUACUCUGGUAUCAUGAUGUUUUGUUGGAAGUUGCCUUUAAUUGGUGAAGAUUCCUUGCUCAGUCUGAAGUAGUGAGCUUUCUUUUAAAAGCAAGCAGCAGCAACAAGAAUGUUCUGAAGGGAGAUGUAGAGACACCUUUGUGCCAAGACACCUAAGGACUGUUUUUUCUCUGAUCUGGUAAAGUGCUACCAUGAUACCUACUUCCAGGAGAAACUGGCAAAGUUUGUCUAGGCCACAAAAUAGCGUGAUGUGGAACACCUCACAAGGUCACCUGCUGGCAGUGUUAUAAAGAACAGUGCUAAUUGCUAAACCAUAAAACAUCCAAUAAAUUUUGGAGAAGGUAUAAAGUGAUGUGCUACUCAGGGACUUUAAAUUGCCUACUUUUUUUUUAAAUGUCAUGUACAGACUCUAGAUGCAGGGAACAACCUUUUUGUAGUAUAUACUAAGACUUUUGAUGUGCUUGUGAGAAGAAAGCCAAGAGGACUUCUAAACCCUGUGAAGUAUAAAUGAUAUGUUCUGAAGGUAAAUGAGAUAUGGUAUGAAAGCCCUACUUCCUAAUAGUAACUGUAAAGGUAUUAAAAGAAAGGUGCAAGUGAUAGACAGUAGGGAUUUGGGUUCAUCAGGAUUUCUCAGCCAUGGGUCUCUGAAAUUCUGGUGGCGUCAACCUCUCUACAGCCUAAAGAGGGUUGAAGUGAUGGGGAAUUCUGCUUUAGUGUGUACUGAGGUACCUGAUGUUUGCAGCUCUAUGCAUCUGAGCUUUAUUAAACUUUAAUAAACAGAAAGAUUGUUGACAAAUACAAAAUAAAGUAAAAUGAUUACUGCUGAUGAACAGCAUAAGAUUAAAUGUUUGCUGUCAAGUGGAUUGGAUGCUCGGGAUGCUGUCUGCAUUUGGGAGGAAAAAAAGCAAGAAGGCUGGUCUUCAUGUUUUCAA